AUGGAGAAGGUGAUCAGCGAAUACACUGGGAGUGCAAAACAGAGAGGCUUACCGGUACACGGAAGGCAUUUGGAUUCCUUCCAAAGGGAUGACGAAAAGGGGAUGCGCUCGGCCAUAGCGGAGACCAAGGCGGCCAUCAGGUUAGAAGUAACUCCUGCGGAACCGGGGUUGCAAAAACUUGAGCACACUUUGACAAAGGUAGUAGGAGUAAGGGGGCGUGAGGUGUGGAGCUGCGAAGAGUGGUGGCUAGAGGUAGACAAGGAGAUGAAGGGUGACGAGAGCGAGAGCACGGGGAAAGCAGAAGAGGCCGAUAAUGAGCGCCCAAGAAAAUGGGAGUUUGAGGGGAAUAAGCCCAUUAUGUCCACAUUAUCAGUCCUAUCAGUGAAGCAAGAUGGGCAACAAAGGGAAGCCAGCCAGGUGGACGCGAUCAUGGAUCUGAGGAAGUGA